AAUGUUUCAGUGUGUCUUUAUUAUUUGAAAAGUAGUUCAAGAGGUGUGAAACAUUCUCCCAGGAUGGAAGGAAGGAAGGAUGGGGAGAAAUACAUGAGUAAAAAGCAGAAAUGUAGCAGCUCUUCGUGCGAGGUGGCUGUAAGAAACAACGGGGGUCUGAGUGGACGAAAAGGCUGAGUGGAAAGGAGAGAGCAGUACACAGAGACAAUUGAAGGAGGAAAAAAUUUACAGCUGCUCUCUCCUUCUAUUUUAUUAAUCGCCUUUCCCCAAAGCGCCCAACCUGGUGAAAAGCAGUGUUCAUUCCUUCCCCUCCCUGGCUCAGCGCCCCUCCCUUUCUCGGGCUCCCUCGUGCAAAGAGCAUGUCGUGGCUCCUGCUCUUGAGCUGCUCUUAUUGGGAGCACUGAGCUGAGCUCAUGGCCUGGCCGGGAUCUGCUGCCGCCACUGCCUCUGCCGCCACCGCCCGUCUCCAGCUGGUGUGAGCUGUAGACCAAAAGCCUGACGGAAUAACAAACCCGAAGCAGUGGCUGAGCCUGGAGCCACGGACGCGACGCAGGGGCUAAGCCCGCGGAUGUUUCUGGUUCGCUUUGGGAUUAUUCAAUGCCUGAUAAAGGAGUGACAGAGCCGAAUAUAGCGCAGAGACGAUUCGAGCUGCAUGGGAGGAAAUGAAUGUGGCAGAGAAACAGCCACUACCCGCACCGCGUGAGCGCCCGGUCACCCUCCUGGUACCCACUUGGACGAAAACAGGUAUUGCACUAUUGUAUGAUGAAGGGUCAGAAAAUGCUUUUGACAUCCGAUUGAAACUUACAAAAGAGAUACUCACAAUCCAAAAACAAGAUGUCAUCUGUGUUAGUGGAAGCAAUCAUAGUGCAAAUCACAGAACUGUUACACUUCGCAGACAACCUGUCGGGGGCUUGGGCCUAAGUAUUAAGGGAGGUGCUGAACACAAGGUACCUGUCGUCAUCUCAAAAAUAUUCAAAGAUCAAGCAGCUGACCAAACAGGAAUGUUAUUUAUAGGAGAUGCAGUAAUACAGGUUAAUGGCAUUAAUGUAGACAAUGCAACCCAUGAAGAAGUGGUACAUCUAUUACGAAAUGCUGGCGAUGAAGUUACUAUCACUGUUCAGUAUUUAAGGGAAGCUCCAUCAUUUCUGAAGCUCCCAUUAGGAUCUCCAGGACCAUCCAGUGAUCACAGCAGUGGGGCUUCUUCACCUCUCUUUGAUAGUGGUUUACAUUUAAAUGGAAACUCCAACAACACAGCACCAUCAUCACCUUCCUCGCCCAUAGCUAAUGAAUCAAAAUAUGAGAAGCGAUGGCUAGAUGCCUUAUCAAUUCCUCUCUCAAUGGCUCGAAUCUCAAGAUACAAAGCUGGAACAGAUAAAUUAAGAUCUAACGCCUUUGAAGUGCUAGCCCUGGAUGGAGUCAGUACGGGCAUCAUUCAGUUUUAUACAAUCCAGGAGAGUACUGACUGGCUAAGAGCAAUAUCAGCUAACAUUGGUGAUUUGACACUCCAAAAUAUGAAAAUGGCAAAUAAAUGCUGUUCUCCUUGUGACCAGGUUAUACAUAUGGGGUGGGUAAAUGAAAGGCCCCAGGGAAAUGAUUCAUCUCAACCCUACAAACACAAGUUCCUGGCCCUGAAAGGUUCAUCCUUCUACAUUUUCAGCACUCCACCGGUGAGUACAUUAGACUGGGUGCGAGCUGAAAAAAUCUAUAACCUCUGUGAGGUACUAUUUAAAGUUCACAAGCUCUGGCUUGCUGAUGACUACUGGUUACAGGCAAACUUUUAUCUAGGUCUUCACCAGGACUAUGACCUGGAAGACCAACGGCCAUAUUGCUUCAGUGUCAUGGUUGGACAGGGAAAAAGUCAUUUUUUCAAUGUAGAGCUAGGGAGUGAGCUAGCUGUGUGGGAAAAAUCAUUCCAAAGAGCCAUUUUCAUGGAAGUUCAAAGGACAGGGUCCAAAACAUAUAUGUGUAGCUGGCAAGGAGAAGCACUGUGCUUCACGGUGGAUUUUGCCUUGGGAUUCACCUGUUUUGACAGUAAAACAAAGAAUGUUCUCUGGAGGUUUAAAUUCUCUCAGCUUAAAGGAUCUUCAGAUGAUGGGAAAACUCGAGUAAAGCUGCUAUUUCAGAAUCUAGACACCAAACAAAUUGAAAUGAAGGAACUUGAAUUCCAGGACCUGACAGCUAUUUUACAUUGCAUACACUCCUUUAUUGCUGCAAAAGUGGCAUCGAUAGAUCCCAUGUUUAUAGACAGCCAGAGUGUUGCAAGAAGAUACAUGUAUAGCAACUGAAAAUUGUUCCUGUCAAGUGAUGACUGAAAAUUAAAUUAUUUUCUUAAGACAUUAAUUCUUUCCUGAACAAUAUUGCAACUUUGUGUGAUUUUAUAAUGAGCCUAUAGUUGUGAUACCAAUAAAAUAUGUAACUAGUUUCCAAAUUUGGGUCAUACUUGUUAAACUUGACAAUUUAGAACAUAUUUGUUCAGGGCAAUCAGCUUGUUAUAUGUAACAUAAAUCAGAAUUCCCAAGUAAAGUGAUCUAUAACAUUUCUACUAUCAUUUUUAUAAGAAAUAUGGAACACUAAGGACUUGACUGCCCCUGUUGAGAAGAUUCAUUAAUAAUAUUAAUGGAGAGACUGGGGUUCCACUGUUUUAUUUUCUCUUAAAAGGGGAGAGACUGGCAUGGUCUUCUGGUCUUGCUUUUAUGAGAGAUGAUGUGAGGGAGAUGAGACAUUGAAGUAUAAUUCCUACAAUGUAGGUUCUUCACAAUAUUUUUUUCCAAUAUUUUUCUUCUCAAAAGAAAAAAAUCUUUCCCAUGUUUUUGUUUGUUCUGCUUAGUUAUUUUUGGUUGAUUUGGUUUGUUUUGUUUUUUAAUUAAAAAGCACUUUAAUGGAGUCAGUUGUAUUUUACUUGCAGGAAAACACAAUGACAUUUCUAAGAACACCAUGCACAUAUCGCAAAACCAAUAAAACAUAGGCAGUGCAAGAGCUCUCAGCUAUCAAAUCUCAGGCUUUUGUCAUCAAGAUGUAGAUGAGUAAUAGUAGGAAAAAAAUAAACAGUAGGCUAAGAUAAAUCAUGUUUACAACAAUGCAGUAGAUUCAUGAAUCUCUUUCCUAUAUAUCUCAUACUGAGGAAAGAAGAGAAAUGUUUUUUAGUGGAGCAGGAAUAUUUCUAAUUAAUAUAUUAUUUUAAUAGUACUUUCAUUUAAAAAAUCCCCAAAACACAUUCAUGAUUUCAAAUAUUCCUACUGAAAUAUUAUAUUUUAUACAGCUAACAUCUUAAAAUAAGAUAUAGUAGAGGAAAUAAUGCUGAUACAGUGCCAGAGAAGUUUUAACUACAUGGCUAGUUAUUCUCUUUUUUUUAACCCAAAUUUUCCAUUAAUAUUAACCUUAAAAUAUUCAC